ACCCUAAUCAAGAGAAAAAGCCUUUUCUUUCUCUCUUAUUGUUCACUCGUUCGAGCUUCGAGGUACGCCUCGUCUCUCCUCUUUUCUCCAUAUUAUCUUUCUUCCAGAUUUUAACUUGAUAUGCAGUUCUGUUGUCUCGUUUAAUCUUUUUGAUGUUUUUGAUUUCACAUGCGGUCGUCAAUUUUCUAUAUCUUUUAUUCGGGCUCUACAUUUAGUAAAGGCGAGAUUUCGUUCCCAUCCAUUUUGGAGCUUGUAUAUGACAUGGUGAUCUAGUCAGCCCAUCCAUUAUAAAGAAUAAAUCUAUAUUCUUUAUAUAAAUUUUGAAUCUCCUUUUUUGUGCACGGAGAGUUAUGGCCAAUUCACUGCCUGGUGAGUCCUCUCAUCAUGGAACAAACCUCCAGAAGUAUUCUCAGGAAAAAGCAGAGGAAGGUGGCCGUUGGUACUUUUCUAGAAAGGAAAUUGAAGAAAACUCUCCAUCUAGACGAGAUAAUAUCGACUUAAAGAAGGAGACUUAUCUACGCAAAUCCUACUGUACAUUUCUACAAGAUUUGGGCAUGAGGCUCAAAGUGCCCCAGCUAACAAUUGCUACAGCAAUAAUUUUCUGCCAUCGUUUUUUCCUUCGUCAAUCUCAUGCCAAGAAUGAUAGGAGGACAAUUGCCACAGUGUGUAUGUUUCUUGCGGGGAAGGUGGAAGAGACUCCCCGUCCUCUGAAAGAUGUUAUUCUUGUUUCAUAUGAAAUUAUUCAUAAAAAAGAUCCUGAAGCUGUACAGAGGAUCAAGCAAAAGGAGGUAUAUGAACAGCAGAAAGAACUAAUUUUACUUGGAGAGAGGGUUGUACUUGCAACCCUUGGUUUUGAUCUAAACGUGCAGCAUCCAUAUAAACCUCUUGUUGAUGCAAUAAAGAAAUUUAAGGUUGCUCAAAAUGCCCUUGCCCAGGUUGCAUGGAAUUUUGUGAAUGAUGGACUGCGCACAUCUCUUUGCUUGCAAUUUAAGCCCCACCACAUUGCGGCAGGUGCCAUUUUCCUGGCUGCAAAGUUCCUGAAAGUAAAGCUUCCAUCAGAUGGCGAGAAAGUCUGGUGGCAAGAAUUUGAUGUCACCCCACGCCAGUUGGAGGAAGUAAGUAAUCAGAUGCUGGAACUGUAUGAGCAGAACCGAGUGCCACCUUCAACUAACAAUGAUGCUGAAGGAAGCACUGUAGGUGGAACUACUCAUCAAGGCACGUCAAAAGCUUCAUCCAGCAAGGAGGAACAUGCAACAACUAAUAGUCAUUCUCAGGCUGGAGGUAUUACUUCAAGACCUGGAACCUCAAAGUCAAUGUCACUUGCAGAUAAUCAUGGUGGGGCUCCAAGAACCACUCGUAAUCAAGGCAAUGAGCAUGUAGGCGAGGAGAUGAAAAGUUCCCCCGAGCACAAUGCAGACGGUGAAUUGACAGAUAAUUUGGACCAUGGAAUAGAUACAGUGCCCCGCCAUGAGAAUACUGAGGAAGCUCAAAACACACUGAGACUUCCAUCACAUGGGAAAGAAGAUCAAGAAAGGAAUGUUGCAAGAAGUGAAGCAAGUGAAACAGGAGAAUUAAAAGACAAACAUUUUGGCCGAAACUUGGAAAAUAGAGAAGUAACAAUAGGCCAGUCACCCCAAGAUGCUAUUAAAAAAAUUGACAGGGACAAAGUAAAGGCAGCUCUAGAGAAACGAAAAAAGUCCCGGGGGGAUGUAACCCGAAAAACUGACUUCCUGGACGAGGAUGAUCUCAUUGAGAGGGAACUGGAGGCUGGCAUUGAACUAGCUGCUGAGAGUGAAAAGAUUAAGCGGGACAGGAGGCAAAGCUGGUCUAAGCCCUUGGAUAGGCAAGAACAUGAAAACUCACAUCAUGAGAAACAUCAAGAGGAUGUGGGGGACGGUGAACGUCAAGGAACAAAGGGGCAUUUGUCACAUAAAUCGGACUUCAACAAUAUGGAAGAAGGAGAAGUUCCUGAUGACAUUGACCAGGGGUUUCAUUCACCAAAAUCAAGUAAUCGCAAACGGAAGUCCCGGAGCCCACCAGAAAAAAUAUCUGAGGGCAGGCAUCGAAAUGAUUAUGCACCUGGCUCACACCAUUAUAAUAAUCACGACUACUUAGAUGAUCGUAGCAGGGUGAACCGGCUUAGUUAUGUCGAGAGGGAUCAUAAGAGGCACGUACCUGAAAACCAGGUCUGAAGGGUGCUGCCAUUCACUGGAACGCAUUGGUAAAGCUCUCAUUGGAUGCUUGUAAUUCGUAUGAAGAUCGCAGUUGGUAUCAGCUGUCAAUGGAGCACCACUUUUUGAUUUGAUUGUUUGGACCAAAGACCAAACUUCCAUCGGUUUUAUGUAAUUUGUAAGAGUGGAGAUGAGGUUUAUUGAAGUUCGAAAGUGACUCAUUGCUAAUAUCCUUUCCCACCAAUAUCCCUGUAUAAUUAUGAUGAUGAUUUUUUUGAGUUUAUGAUUAUAGUUUUUUUUUUUUUUUUUUAAGAAAUAGUACUGUUGGGAGUUCAAGGAAUAUAUUCAUUGGUGUCAUCAGCACUUGCAAA